UCUAAAAGUUACGGUUAUGUUUGUUCUGUUCUGUGUUUAAAAUUUUUGGGGAGUUGGAAACGAAAUUGUGUUGGUGUUCAAAAUGCUUUAGGAUUGGAGCCCGACUUCCUGUUCCCACUUGAGAACCUCACGAUCGCUCAGGGGAGGGAUGCGAUGUUCACGUGCGUCGUAAACAACCUGGGUGGAUACAGGGUAGCUUGGAUAAAAGCGGACACAAAAGCGAUUCUCGCUAUACACGAGCACGUCAUAACGAACAACCAGAGGCUCUCCGUCACGCACAACGACGACAACACGUGGACACUGAACAUGCGAGGCGUCCGAAGAGAAGACAGAGGCACAUACAUGUGUCAGGUCAACACGGACCCAAUGAAAAGCCAGAGCGCUUAUCUGGAAGUCGUGAUUCCGCCCGACAUAAUUUACGAAGAGACGUCAGGUGACAUGAUGACACCAGAAGGCGGUUCUGCUAAGCUUGUCUGCAAAGCGAGGGGUUAUCCACCACCCAAGAUCACCUGGAGGAGAGAGGAUGGGGGUGAGAUCAUCCUGAGGCAACCCGCGACAGGUCACAAAGCAAAGGUCACUUCCUUCGAAGGAGAGACCCUGAUCCUGAGCAAAGUGACGCGAUCAGAGAUGGGAGUUUACAUGUGCAUCGCAAGCAACGGCGUCCCUCCCACUGUUAGUAAAAGGCUUAUGCUGCACGUCAACUUUCAUCCUCUGAUCCAAGUGCCAAAUCAGUUGGUAGGAGCACCCCCCGGGACAAACGUCACACUCCAAUGUUUGGUGGAGGCGUCACCAAAAGCAAUCAAUUACUGGACAAGGCAAUCCGGUGAAAUGAUAGUCCAAAGCCCGAAAUACGAGAUGAAAGAGACCGCCGGGCCAUACUACACAGCAGCAAUGUUGUUAACGAUAAAAGACAUACAGAAAAGUGACCUGGGUGGUUACAACUGCGUCUCCAAAAACAGCAUAGGCGACGCAGAAGGAUCAAUUAGAUUAUACACCGUUCCAGUGGAGAACAAGAAAAAGAUGAACGACGACGGGCGGUACCAGUCUGAGGAUGAAGACGACUUCGCCGACGAGGACGACGACCAGAACGGGAGUCAGGGCUCCCUCCGAGAAGAGGACGGCGAAAAGGACUCGACCAAGGACAAUUCCUUAUCAAGAGCGACGCCAGGCGCUUCGUCCUUCUUCGUCUCCUUCUUGCUGCCAGUUUUGGCCAACUUCCCAGCGAUCGGCUACACAAAAGUGCGCUGAAAAGAAAAAUCGUAGGGCAAAGUUUAAAGACAGUCAACAUCUGAAGACUAAAUUUUCAGAUACUCUGUGCAAAAAAAUAA